UCCGAGCUCCGCCGCUCCCCGCCUUCUCCGCCUACUCGCUGCUGAGGCUGCCGCCUCUCCCCGGAGCCCCGCCGGAGUGAUGGGCUGCAUCGGAUCCCGCACCGUGGGAAAUGAGGUGAUUGCAGUAGACUGGAAGGGACUGAAAGAUGUGGACCAAAUCAAUAUGGACAGCACGAGUUCACUGCAUGGCAGCAGUUUCCAUCGACCUUCCACUGAGCAAACACGGACAGAUUUCUCCUGGGAUGGUAUCAAUCUCUCCAUGGAAGAUACGACCUCCAUCCUUCCCAAGCUGAAACGCAACUCCAAUGCUUAUGGGAUUGGGGCUUUGGCUAAAUCAUCUUUCUCUGGCCCCUUAGGGAUAUCCCGCAGCAUGAAGGACCACGUGACGAAGCCGACGGCGAUGGGGCAGGGGCGCGUGGCUCACAUGAUCGAGUGGCAGGGCUGGGGCAAGGCCCACAGCCAGCAGCAGCAGCACACGCACGAGACCGCGCGCAAGGACGCCGACGCCUACUCGGACCUCAGCGACGGCGAGAAGGAGGCGCGCUUCCUCGCAGGGGUGAUGGAGCAAUUUGCUAUUUCUGAAGCGACUCUCAUGGCCUGGUCCUCCAUGGAUGGUGAGGAUGUCAGUGUAAACUCAAAUCAGGACAACCCAGCAGGCAACUACUCUGAGAACUAUCAGGAGCUGAUGGAGAGCCAAGAGCACAUGGCCCAGACGCAGUAUGACAGCUGGCCUCAUUCCUACGUCUCGCAGGGCAUGUAUUGCUUAGGUUCCUCCGACGCCUGGGAGGCCAGUGACCAGUCCCUCAUCGCCUCCCCAGCAACCGGCUCCUACCUAGGCCAGAAUUUUGAUGAGUCCCAGACAAACCUUCAGGAAAGCAUUUUGCUUCAGAGUGGCUUCCUCCAGCAGCAGCAGCUGCAGCAACAGCGGCAGGAGCAGAACUUCAUCCAGAGCACGGGGCUGGUCCACGUGUGGCCCCUGCAGACUGCUCAGGGUGGGGGUGGAGCUGAGUCCAGCACGUACAUGGAGGACCACAUUGAGGAUGAAGGGAACCCAAGGCUGGAGAAGGCUCCUCUCCUAAACAAGAAACCAUCUCCGGAGGAGGAUGAUGCAGUGUGCCGGGACCUGGAAUCUUUGUCUCCUCGAGAGGAGAUGGAACAUGCUGCACUGAGCCGCAAAGUCUCAGAUGUCACCUCCUCUGGGGUGCAGUCCUUUGAUGAGGAAGAAGGAGAAACAAACAACUGAUGCUUUCUGUGAAGUUCUCAUCAUUGCUGAACAAAGAGAGGGGUGGCAAGGAAUGCAAUUACAGGGAUUCUUCUUUCCAGCUCCCCAUAUUUCCAAGAAGACACACCUUCCAUUUCUGACAUUUAAUUAUUUUUUUAAGCAAGGAAUAUCUCAAAGUGAUUGACACAUAAAAACCUUUUCUUCCCCUCCCUCAUGGACACAUAUUUUGGAUUUUGAUUGCUCUGGGCAACAUGUCAUGUGCUUGGAGAGAUCUGGAUUGGUAAAUAAUUUCUAUACCUUUUUAAUACAAAGUCUUGGCUGUGGAUACAAACUCUUCUGGUACUGGGAAUGUGGCUGAUGAGACAGGCUUGGUGUAGGGAGCAGCUUUGUGGCUAGAAUUCAUCUUGGCAGAAUGGAUGUUGCUCUGUGGACAUGGGCCCCUUCUAUCUCAUAGAAUAUAUGAAUAUAAACUGGUUUAAAAUGAAGAUGUGGCUUUGCAGAUCUAGAUUGCACUAGCGCUGGGAUUGUGAAUGUUGCAGAGGAUCAGGCCAUGGAGGAUGUGCUGUGUAACCAGAUCCUCAGCAGCACCUUGAUACAAAGCUGUAGAUGUGAUGGAUACGAACGGUGCUCCCAGGGCCCGGGCUGUGCUGCCAGUGUGGCUCUGCUGUGGCAUGGAUGAAUGGGUGCAGAUACGAAUCUUACCCUGCUCUCAGAUAUUUAUGCUUUGGUCUCUUUAAUUUAUUUGUUUCUCUCUUUGACAUUUCUGCUUUCCCAGGAGCUGGCAAGAGUGGUGUGUCCUUUUGGCAGUGAGCACUGGAAGCCAGUGGAAAGGACAUUUUCAGCUACAGAGACAGUCAUAAAAAGUGACUCUUGCAGGGGGCUUGAGGACAUGCCCAUCUUGGUGCUGCUGCUGUGCCCGUCUGUCUUUUCCUUGCCAGCAGAAUGGGAGACCCAGAGAGUAGGCAGCAGGUCCAGGAACAGUGUGUACAGUUAUGAGAUCACAGAUACCUAGUUUACAUUAGAGUUUUCAGUUUUUGCGCUUUUUUUAAACCUUUUUAUAUGCUGGAUAAGUGUUCAUAACAAAGCAGUUAGUUUGGGAAAGGCCUGUACUCCAGUCAGACUUAACAGAAAUACUGCACCUUUCCCAUUUCUGCCACUCCUGCUGUGCCAAAUAUAGCUGGAUGAAAAGGGUGAGAGGAAAUUUUCUCCUCCUAUUUGUCUUUUUCUUCUUCCUAUGUUUUCUUAUUUUGUUUUCCUAUCCCCAAGUGGUGUAAAUAAUGCUCAGUACUUGUUCUGUUUGUUUUUCCCUCCCAUCUCUUUUUUAGGUGUGGAGAAAGCUGAUUUCAGGAGUUUCCCCUAUUUGUAUGGGUGAUAUAUUUUUUGUUUAAAAAACCAUGAUUCUCUAAGUAGGGGGAAUUGGUCUCUUGCAAUUCCUCGCCAUUUUUUUACAGACCUCCUUUUGGGAGGGAGAGGUUUUGAAAGGAAAUUGUUUCACUUUCAGCUCUCACCAGAAAAUAAACAGGGACAAAAGCAAAAAUUACAUAAGGUUAUUGAUUUUGCUGGAGGACUGAACAGAACCAGCAGAGAUUACCUAAGUGCUGAGGUUGAAUUGCAAGACCUCUUGCAAGGAAGUGUCAGCAGAGCAUGGGUGUAGAUCAGAUGCUGGAUCUGAUGAGCUAGAGAAAGGAAUUUGCCUGGACACUGCCAUACUGUUCCAGGAGCAACUCUUUCUCACUUACUCUGACUCAUAUUUGCUCUGUUUAAUUCAUGAUACAUUUGUCUCUUCUUUGCCUCCUCUUCAGGCUUGGUGUGUUUUUUGGAUGACAGGAGAGUGAUACAUGCUUCUUUCCUGCUUCAGGUUCAGUUCCUGCAUAUUUUCAGGGAAGAAUGUCUAAGGCGAACAAAAUGUGACUGAAGGAAUAUCAUCAAGUCUCAGAAUUUAGACAGCUCCUGGCAAGCAAAGCAAAUGAUGUCCAGGAAUUGUGAAAAGUAGGAAUGGGACUCUCAGGAAGAACUUUACCCCAAGCAGCUUUUUCCCACUGACACAGGCAGCUGCAAAAAGAGGGACUCCUUUUUCAAUACCCAGGUCUUUCCAGCCAAGUCCACUUCAAGCAGAUCUGUCUUCCCUCUCCAUUGCACCUCAAAAUGAAAGACCUCUGGGAUGUUUAAGUAAGAUUGGUAAUUUGGAGUGGGUAAGAGAGAAAAGUUUUUGUGACCCAUCUUUUUUUACGUGUUUGCUUGGUCUUGCUUCUGUCUUUCUAAGGGGCUCGCUCCUCUCCUGAGUGAUGAGCUUUCAGUAUCUCUUCAAAGAUGUUUACACAUUCAGGUACUAACCUCCCCUGAGCAGCAAGACUUGAUAAAAAUGAUCUCCUAUAGUUCUUGCAGGGCCAGUGGUAGCUCAUUGUCCUGAAUUAGCUCAGGUCCAGCUGUGGAACAGGGCCUGGGAAAUCACACUAGCCAGAAAAGGGAGAUGGGGCAAGUGCCAGGAGCACUUCAGCAGAUGAGUAAAUAAGUAGGUUUAAAGCUAUUUUUAUUUAUUUUUUAAAAGGUCUUCAGGGAAACAAAAAUGGUUGGGUGUAUACCUUUGUGGGAGAUUUGGGUGGCUUGUUGUUUCUUUCUCCAAACCAUUUUGUUCCCAUGUGCCUCUCCAGGACCAAUCUGGAUGUUUACAGUGACUUUCAGAGUAGCUUCUAAUGAUCCCUUUGUGUUGUUUACAGGACUGGGACAAAUGGGUCAACUUGUCCAGGGCUUCUUUUUCUUUAAUAUGGACAUGUGGUACAUUUACUAAGAUGUCUGAUUGAUGUCUAAAAGAUAUACCUUAUCUCCAUGGAAAGCAGCGACAGGGAGUUACCUACAUAAGGAAAAGUGUGAAAAAAAUUGAUCAUAUAGAAAAUUCUGUGGAAUCCAAUAGGAAGAGAAAAUCUGUAGAUUCUUCUAGCCUCUGUGGAAUUGGGAUAAAGAAUUAUACCCUGCUGUAUAGUUCCAUAACCUGCUGUCUUAGAAACCUGUAGAGAGCUUCAUUCUCUGUGAAUGCAGACUGGUUUGAACACCACUCUCUGUAAAAAUCUUCCAGCUUACUAAAUUCUGUAAUUUUUUUUUCAUAAAUGUCUUAAUAUUCUGUGAAUAAUAAAAUUUCAGCCUUUUCCUGAAAGAAAGAAAAAGGCUAUUUUCCAUACCUCUCCACAAUCCAAAAGAUCUUCCUGUCCACACUUGCCACCCGAGUGAGCAGCCUGAGCUGAACUGGAAAGGCAGUCUGAAUCUCUUUGAAACUGGAAAAUUGUUUGUGUAAUCUGGCCUUUUCUUACAUAACAAGCCUGCUGCCUGUGUGUAUCCAAUACCAGAGAGAGAGACCUGGAACCUACUGUACAUUUCCCAGAAAAGCUCUUAUUUUAUAGACACACCUAUUCAAGCAUAUGGGAGGCACAGGUGCUCUGUGAGUGGAAUUGGCCUGCAGUCCCUUUAUCCUGGUGAGGGGGGAUGAGUUGAAGCGAGUCCAGCCAAAUAGAGCCCAAAGUGUGUUUGUGAGGCUGUAAAUAAGAAGGGAAGGUGAGCUCAGUAUCCCUGAUCUGCAGUUACUAAGAAACAGAGCUCUGCUCUUUGUUUCCACAAACCUAUUAUGAAGCAAAGCUACACUACAGAAAAUUUGGGAUAUUCUUGAAGUAGUGGAGGUAGAAGAUUCUCAUCUUUUCUCCAAGCCUUUGUCUUUAGUAGGAACUUGUUGAAAUUACUGUGCUAAACAUGAAAUAAUGUUUAACCAGAAGUGACCCUAAUUUAAAAUCUUCUACUGCAAGAAAAUUCUCUCUUGUUCCUUCUCCCAUGAUUGCUCAUGCCUGAUUAGUUAUACUAUUUCAUAAGCUUUUCUUUUAUAUAAAUCUGAAGCUUUCUUUACAAGCCUUCUGGGUUCUCUUCAGUUCCAUUACCUCAGGCUCUGGGACAGAGAAGUUAAUCUGCUUCUUUCAGUUUCUGUGCCUCUAAAUCAUCAUCUUCUUUUGGAAAGCUGCUGACAAGUCAUCCACUUGCUUUCCCCCUUAAAAAAUGGUAACACCACCUUUCAGGACAGGCUUGCUGCAGAGAACAGAACAUGCUUCUAAGCUGAUCCAGUGGUGAGCUGCUUGGAAGGAAGAGGAACUCUGCUCUGGCCAUGCUCACCUCCCACAGCCCUUGGGCAGGUGCUGGUGCACAGCUGGCCCCCAUGAAGCCAGGGACUUUUACCCUGCUAUAAAAGUGAAGAUGGGAGAGCUGUGAGCAGAGGCACAAAAGGUGCUGUUCUCAGCAGCUGGCCUUCCUUUAUAUCAGGUUGGAGAAACUGGGAAAGUGCACUUUGAAAUGGCAUCUUCAUGAUGGGUCUUAAGCUGCUCACAGGAGCUGUCCUGCCUCCUCUCUUCCACCACCAGCAGCUCUGUACUUCUACUGCCUAAAAAGCACCAGCACUAACACUCAUUUGGCUGCUCAGGAAUUGGCCCCAUUGAAAACUAACCCAGUCCCCUACCUAAAUAAAGGUUUCAGUGGGACGAACUCUUCAUAUUGCUUCUCUUGGUGAGGCAGGCAUCACUGAGGGCUGGUGAAACUUGUAGAUGGUCAUGUGGAAGACUGAUUGCAGAUGCAACUUAAAUUGGCUUAAGCUGAUUGUGAUUUGUCUGUCUGAAAAGAAUAAGAACCCACUAGGGUACCAGGAAGGACAUUAUUCCCCAUUUUCUUCCUUAGUGUUUUCCUUGGAAUUUUUAGUAUGCUCUUAUUUGAUUUGGUCUUUGUUAUUUAUGCCCUGUUGUUUCCCUCACUGUUCCCUUCCACAGGCCCCUUGGAGGUAAACCCUGGAAAUUGGGCAGGAGGACAUGACUAACUUGAUAUAUGCGUGAAAUUAAUAAAAUUAACAUGCACAAAUCAUGUAUACACUCAGUGAUUAAACUCCAUGGCAGCUAAAGAUACUGAAAAGUCUUACCCUGUAAUUGCAAGAGGGGAGAUUUGUUUAAUAGUGAGACAUAGCUGUUGGAAGGGAUUUUUAUCCCUAUUUUCAGGCCAGUUCCACUCCAGUGUGAGAUACAGAAGAGUAUGCUGUAUCUCUGCAUGCUGUGCUGUGCACAGCAACAAUGAAAAAUGUUAGUUGUAGCCCUGGAGAACUGGAAAAGAAAAUCAUCUCUGUGACAGAGGUAGGAGGUGUUGUGGUGAGGCAAGGUUGUGUGCAACAGUACAGGGCUGUGCACCACUGUGUGUGGCAGAGAGGGAAAGACAUGGAGAGAAAGGCUUGGAAAAAGGUCAAGAAAAGCUUAAUGACUUUUGUUUGCAUAACACAGGUAAGAAGCUUCAUGGCAGACUCCCAGCAGAGUGGACUGAGGUGGAGAAUUGCUAUACAAGCUGUAGGUCCAGGAUUGUUGCAGCUUAUGGUACUUCUUAGUCCAAGCCACACUUUUUUUUUUUUUUAAGACAGUGAAAGAGACCUCCCUGAAUUUGGGUACCUGCUAGCUUCUUUUUCAUUGUCUUAAAAAAACACUUCACAGUGUGCUUAGUUCUUCAGGGAAAUCGUAUGAGAAAUACACAAAAAAGGAACUUACUCCUUGCCCAAAUGAAGUUAGUGUGAGUUCUGAUCUCACUGGAAAGCCAAAAUACCUAAAUUCAGCUUAGUUUGCCUUAACUGUUGUAUGGAUAAUUGCCUAGAAGGAGAAGCAAACUCAGAUAACCUGCCUCUAAAUGCUAUAAAAAACAGAGCAACAUCGGCAAAGUGUAAGCUCUUCCUUCUAAUUUUUCCCAGGUGAAUUUUCCAGUGUUACUUGUUCAGAUAACUCUGGCAUAUCUUUUAAACUAACUGUUUGACUUUUUCUAAAAGAAAAAAAAAAAAUUCCAAUACAGAGAUUAUCAGCAGCUUACAAUUAGAAAAAUGUGAAUAAGUAAUACUUUCAUCUUUGAUUUUCCUCCCCUGUAGCAGUCUGACAGGGAAAGAUUUCUAUGCCAUGGCUCAGGGAAAGGAAAAAUAAACAGGGAAAAUAUGAGUAAAAUGGUGCCUAUUAGAACUAAAUGUAUGUGUAGGACAGCCUACAGUCAUUAAAGCACAGUCUCAAAUACGAUUGCAAGCUGUAAAGUCAAUGUCAGGUGCCUCUUUUGUACCAUAGGCUUUUCCCAGGCUUAGCAGUAGUGAACCUGUGCAGAAGCAGAAGAGCUGCACUUCUGUGCCAGAUCAGUGUCUCUCUGUGACUCAGAAUAUGUCAUGGAGCCUGAGGGCACUGUGCCCUCUCAGCACCACAACCAGCUCCAUGGAUUGACUGGGGUCAGGCAUGAGGGUUAUGGUGUUAACAAAUGGACAUGGAAGAUCUACACUUGCAACAUCAGGGUCUGUUUACAUCCUUGCACUGACAUUUUCCCCCAGCAUAGGCAGACCAAAGUGUUAUUUUUUCCAUGGAAAUGAAGAGAAGCUCUAUGAUUGUCAGUGUUGGUCUGCACAAAAGAAAAGAAAUAUGUGAUGUAUUUUUUAAGUGCAGAUACACAUUGUUGGAAGAAGUAAAAUGUAGUCAGGCUGUGAUUCUGAGAAAGAGCAUGUUUACUGAAACUGUGAAGACUUGUUCAAGAAUGUUUUCAGUGCAGAUUCCACAGAAUCACAGAAUUGUUGGAAGGGACCCUAAAGAUCAUCAAGUCCAACCCCUCUGCCAUGGGCAGGACACAUCUACUGCUGUGUAGUAGCUGCUGUCUUCUGGGAAGAGAGGGGUUGCAGUGUUCUGUGGAAAGAAUGCUCCUGCUAGGAUCUUCCUCAUCUUCUUCAGCCGGGGACAUUUUAAAUGCCCUCUGAAACCUAGUCUUGUUUUUGCUUUCCCAUAAGGGAUCAAAUGCCCAUGCUUGCAAGAAAAAAACAUCUAAAACCAUCUUUUCUCCAUUAUGGAAACAAGAUUGUGCAUCAAGAUUUGCUUCUAAUAAGAUAAAAGCAUGUAGUCCAGAUUCAUUGGCCUUCUGGAUUCAUUUUCAUUGGGCAUGGAAAUCCAGUCAUGAUUGGAUUGGAGGCCACAAGGUUAAGAACCCUCUUCCAGAGCUCUGCCAUGCUCAUGUGAGACAAGUGUAGGUUGACUUCCCUUCUUUGCAGAUACUGCAUGCUUGAGCAACGUAGCAAGUCAAAAGCUCUUUUGCAGGUAUAUAUUCUUGUUUGGCUUUAAUUUUUCUUCUCUGAUUUGUGGAUGUUGUGCAUGAUUGGAGGUCUCUGGGAAUCUCUACACUAUAAAACUGGAACUCAAAAGUAAUUUUACAAGGAACAAGAUUUCUCUUGUUUGAGCUCUUUUCAGACAUGGGUGGGUACAGGCAGAGGAUUUGGGAGGUACAAGGGUGGUGGAUGGGAGUCUCAGGGGUGGCAUGCAGAAUGGAUUCCUGAAGCAUGUGUAAAAAUAACUAAAGGCUUGGGUCGUCAAAUGUUGUAUUCUCAGUAUCUGAAACUACUUCAGCAUAACCAUAUGGGACAAUGGAGGUUGCUGCAAAGCAGUUUUCAAGGACUUCCCCCAAGCCUGUACUGUUUUCUGUAGCGGGGAGGCUGCAUGGUGAUUAUGUGUAUCCUUUUGAGCUAGUGUUUACAGAGGUGCAUUGAUGUUUGGGGAGAAAGUACUGAAUGGAAGUAAAACAAAAAGGGAAAGGGACCCACUACUGAAAGCUUUCAUCCUUACAUUGUCCCACACUAGCCCUUAAUAACUAAAACGAGUCUGAUUUGCCUUUGGUCUUCCAGCUCCAAAACAUGUUUGCCUGAAAAUUUUUGUUGGAUAUACUUCGCAUGUUUUGAUAAUGUGACUUAUGAGAUAAACACUUCUACAAAGCUAUAUAUAAAUACAUCCAUGUGCAACCACCUGCAUACAUGUGCACACAUUACAUAUAGACUUAGAGAACUAUAUGGCACUACACACCUCCAUGCCUGUAUGUGGCAGCAACCACAGUAAAGGAGGGGAGGUAGCUCAAAACAGCAUGUACAGUCCUUUAUGGAGUUGUUAUUAAACAGAAUGUGGUCUUGCCCUC